AUGAAAAUCCUGCUUUGUGACCUUCUGCUGCUCAGCCUCUUUUCCAGCGUGUCCAGCAGCUGUCAGAAGGACUGCCUGACCUGCAGAGAGAAGCUCCACCCAGCUCUUGACAGCUUCAAUUUUGAGGUGUGCAUCCUCAAGUGUGAAGCGAAGGUUUUGGCCAGCCCUUUCUGGACUCCAUGCACCAACGUCAUGGGCAGGGGAUCCAGGCAACUCAGCUCUGCUGACUCAGAGCAUGUGGCGGCUGCUCUUUACCAGCCAAGAGCCUCCGAGAUACAUCUGAAGCGAAUGCCCCGUAUCAGGAGCCUGUUCCAAGUGCAGAAAGGGACAGAGCCUGGCAUGCAUGAGGCUGGAGAGAUGGAGCAGAAGCAGCUACAGAAGAGGUUCGGGGGCUUCACUGGGGCCCGGAAGUCGGCCCGGAAGUUGGCCAACCAGAAGCGGUUCAGUGAAUUUAUGAGGCAGUACCUGGUCCUGAGUAUGCAGUCCAGCCAGCGCCGGCGCACCCUGCACCAGAAUGGUGUCCGGGUCAUCCCCAAAACAGCAUGUCUCCAGCCCCAGACCUGCCGGCUGGGGACCAGGAUUCCCUCUUCCCCAAGGCACUGA